AUGGGGACCCGUCAUGAUCUUACCAAAUGGGCUGUUUGCAAUGGCAUCAAGGUCAAUGGCGUUGCGGCGCACAGGUUCCCUGGUAAAGGAAUGGGUAUCGUCGCCGAAAGGAGGCUUAAGGCUGGAGAAGUAAUACUGGACAUCCCCAUGUCUGUGAUUCGGACAGCAGAGACGGUGCCUCAGACCGUCACCGAGGCCCUUCAAGGAUGCAGUAUCAACGGCCUCCUGGCUGCGGAAUUGGCCACGGACGCGUCCGAGAGUCAUGCCCUCUGGAGAGCGACGCUGCCAUCGAUGGAGGAAUUGGACCAGUCAAUGCCGCUUUUCUGGCCACCGGAACUCCAAGAGCUCCUCCCACAGCCAGCAUUGGCGCUUCUGAGAAAGCAGCAAGGAAAGGUCUCGCGCGACUGGAAUGUCGUUUCCGCAGCCUUUCCACAGCUAUCGGACGACGCUUACCGCCACUAUUGGCUUCUGGCGAGCACCAGGACUUUCUACUACACGCCCCCGGACAUGAAGCCCGAAGACACGCCCGAAGCCGACGAGUGCCUGGCACUGGUUCCCUUUGGCGACUACUUCAACCACUCCGACGGCGGCUGCAAGGUCUCCUAUUCGGCAACGGGAUACGAGUUCAAGCUGGACCAAGCUGUCAGGAAGGGCGAGGAGCUGUACAUCUCCUACGGCAACCAUCCGAACGACUUCUUGUUGGUGGAAUAUGGCUUCAUCCUGGCGGAGAAUAAGUGGGAUGAGGUAUCCUUGGACACCGUCAUCUUGCCCCUCUUCUCUGACAAGCAGAGCGAGAUGUUGGAAGAGGCGGGCUACCUGGGCAACUACGUGUUGGAGACGCCGUCGAUGCAGGACGACGAGGUGGCUUGCUAUCGUACACGGGUUGCGCUGAGGUUGCUGUGCAUGCCUUUGAAAACGUGGAACGAGGGUGUUAUGUAUGGGGUGGAUGAUGACGACGAGUACCAGAGCGCGGUCCAUGGACUCCUCCGGCAAGCGCUGAAGGCAUAUGUAGACAUUGUGGACAAGAGCCUCGAGCAAAUUGCUCGGCUCGAAGUUGGGCUGGCUUCGCAAAGAGAUGUGUUGAGACGGCGCUGGGAACAGAUAGGGAUAUACUUGACGACCGCAAUCGAUAGAUUAGAGCCAUGA